CUGAACACAAUUAUCGUUCUAUUUUUUUUAAAGCCACGUGCUGAUAAGCCGCUCCAUUGAAAUUUCUCGAAGCCUCCGCCGAAGAUUGCCAGCUCUGGGAAGGAAAUCCGUAUUGCGCUUCCAAGAUGUCUCAUAACGGGGGAACCACUUCGCAACAACUGGCUGCAAUUCCAGACACUAAGCCUGACGCCUCAGUGCGAGCGUACGCCCCUGAGACUCAGGCAAUUCAUGCCGACGAUCACCUGAACACCAACCCAGAUGUCGCCCCAGCAUUGCAUGUCUCUACGACCUUUAGAUAUACUGAAGAUCCUGAGAAGCUGAGGCCGGUAGGAGAUGAUUCUGAGUCACUGGACGAAAGCCACAUCUACUCGCGAGUGACCGCGCCGAAUACAACUCGGCUCGAGAGUAUUCUGUCUACGUUGCUCAAGGGUCGAGCUGUGACAUAUUCAUCUGGUCUGUCUGCCCUGCACGCGGCGCUCGUCUUCCUCAAUCCCAAAAAGAUAUCCAUUGGAGAUGGCUAUCACGGCUGCCAUGGCGUGGUCGAUCUCCAGCAACGUCUUACAGGGAUGAAGAAGCUUCCCCUUGACUGCGCCGCAGAGGAGCUAGGCCCAGGGGACGUCAUUCACUUGGAAACACCUGUGAACCCUACGGGCCUGGCCUUCAACAUCCAGAAGUUUGCAGAAAAAGCCCACUCUAGAGGCGCAUAUCUGGUGGUAGAUGCUACGUUUGGACCGCCAGGUCUCCAAGACCCUUUCGCGCACGGUGCGGAUAUCAUAAUGCACAGCGGCACGAAAUAUAUUGGAGGCCAUAGUGAUAUGCUAUGUGGUGUAUUGGCCACUCAACGCGAAGACUGGUGGAAGGUACUCCUGGACGAUCGGACAUAUCUGGGCAGCGUGUUGGGAAGCUUCGAGGGCUGGCUGGGUAUCCGCAGCGUGCGCACUCUUGAAUUGCGCGUUCGCAGACAGAGCGACAAUGCAUCUCGCCUGGUUGCAUGGCUGGAUGCUAUGGUCUCUGGACGACCAGACCAGACCCCUGGCAACGAUGCUGCCUCGAGUUCGGCUAAUGCAGCUCUUGUCCGAAAGAUUGUGGCUCGUGUCGCUCAUGCCAGCCUUCAGCAUGAUGACAAGGCCUGGUUAGACAAGCAAAUGCCCAAUGGCUAUGGACCGGUGUUUUCUAUGUGGGCAACCAGCGAAGCAUUUGCUCGCGCACUUCCUAGUCGUUUGAAGCUAUUCCAUCAUGCUACCAGCCUCGGAGGCGUAGAGAGUCUGAUAGAGUGGCGAAGAAUGAGUGACAAAGGUGUCGUACCGACCUUGCUCCGAGUGAGUGUUGGAGUUGAAUCUUGGGAAGAUAUCAGAGAUGAUCUACUGCAAGGGUUCAAGGCUCUUGCUGGCGAGGCCACCUCUUGAUUGAGCUUGUUGCUUUCGCACUGAGAUGAACUGAACGUGUAUAUAUCUAAAAACAACAUAUAGAUAGUUAGAGAUGAUUUAUGACUAAGCACCGAUAGAGAGGCUGCAAUAGAAUCUAAAGCAAUACAGGGAC